AUGGAUCAUUACGCCAAGAUAGGUGGCCCGCCGUUACCUGAUAAAGAAGUAAUUUCAAGCCACAACGUCCAACCCGCUGUUCAACUGAACUGCAAUUUUCUCUGUUAUGAAGACCGAAGAUGUGUUGGAUUUAACUUCCAGACAAAAAAGAAAGACGUCAUAAACUGUCAACUGACCAACACCACUGUAAGAAGCAGCAACGUAGGAUCUGGUGAUUGGACUUUGUUUCACAAUGUUCGUGUGGUUUAUGGACGCGACUGCAGUGAACUUUACCGUAUAAAUGGAGAAAGAACAGACGGUGUUUAUGAAAUAGAUCCGGACAGGACGGGAAGUUUCAAAGUUUUUUGUGAUAUGACAACGUCCGGUGGAGGAUGGACAGUGAUUCAACGUCGUCUCAAUGGAAGCGUUGAUUUUUAUCGAGGAUGGCAAGAUUACAAAAACGGCUUUGGCGAUGUCAACAGAGAAUACUGGCUUGGUCUUGACAGAAUACAUCGGAUGACAACUGCCUUACAAAAUGAACUUCGUAUCGACAUGGAAGAUACUUCUGGAAACACCAAGUACGCACAGUAUGAAACCUUUGCUGUCGGUAGCGAACAACAAAAGUAUAUUUUAAGCAUUGGAGGAUACGCCGGUACAGCAGGAGAUUCUUUGUCACAACAUAAAGGAAUGGCGUUCACGACCAAGAAUCGUGACAAUGAUGCAUAUGUGAACAACUGCGCUGUGAUAUACAAAGGUGCUUGGUGGUAUAACCAUUGUCACAGUUCCAACCUGAAUGGCAGGUAUCUUUUUGGCAAACACAGUUCGCAUGCUGAUGGCAUCAACUGGUUCACAUGGAAAGGGCAUUAUUUCUCACUGAAAUCGACAUCAAUGAAAAUCAGACCACUUUGGCACUCAUAA